GUAUCAGCAGGGUGUAUGACUCCUGGGUGUUUCUCUUCUCAGUGUAUCAGCAGGGUGUCAGACUCCUGGGUGUUUCUCUCCUCAGUGUAUCAGCAGGGUGUCAGACUCCUGGGUGUUUCUCUCCUCAGUGUAUCAGCAGGGUGUCAGACUCCUGGGUGUUUUCUCCAGUCUCUGUCUGGACCAGGCUCCAGCUACAGCCGCAACUUCAAACAGACCAAGGAGGAGCUCACCAGCAAACUGUAUCGCCUGUACAACACCAGCGUGUUCGACAGCAAGCUGCCCAGUAACAUGUCAGUGAGCUGGAAUAACAAGAUGAGGAAGACUGCUGGCUACUGCAUCACAGGGCAGGAGAGAGGAGGAGGGAACCGAUAUGCCCGUAUCCAACUCUCGGAGAAAGUCUGUGACUCUGCAGACCGUCUGCGUGACACGUUAGUCCAUGAGAUGUGCCACGCUGCCACCUGGUUGAUCAACAGUGUGAGGGAUGGACACGGCCCCUUCUGGAAGCUGUACGCCCGUAAGGCCACGCUGGCACACCCCGAGCUGCCCGUGGUCACCCGCUGCCACAGCUACGACAUUAACUACAAGUACCAGUACCAGUGCAGCCGCUGCAAAAACACACUCGGCCGUCACUCUAAGUCCCUGGACACCCAGAGGUUUGUGUGUGCCCUCUGUACGGGUCAGCUAGUCCUGCUCACCCCAGCCAAGCCCCGGGCGCCCACGCCCUUCGCCAACUUUGUCAAGGAGAACUAUGGCAGUGUUCGCCAAAACCUGGUGGGUCAGAGCCACGGUGAGGUAAUGAGGAAACUCAGUGUUGACUUCGCCACCAAGACUAAACUCAGCCAGAACUGAGAGGGAGAGAGCGUGUGAAAGAUGAGGUGGAAUCAUUCUAACCUGGAUUAGACCUACAUUACUCUCGUCUCCUGGACUAUAAAGCACUCUUGUUCAGUAGUAUCUGUGAAACCCUGUCUGAACAUCUUCGUUCCUUGAAGAUUUCCACUGCUCUGAAGCAAUGGUGGGAUCCUUCUCUUUCAUCCAUCCUAAUGUCGUAGAUUAGUGGGAUCCUUCUCUUUCAUCCAUCCUAAUGUUGUAGAUUAGUGGGAUCCUUCUCUGUCAUCCAUCCUAAUGUCUUAGAUUAAUGGGAUCCUUCUCUUUCAUCCAUCCUAAUGUCGUAGAUUAGUGGGAUCCUUCUCUUUCAUCCAUCCUAAUGUCUUAGAUUAGUGGGGAUCCUUCUCUUUCAUCCAUCCUAAUGUCUUAGAUUAGUGGGAUCCUUCUCUUUCAUCCAUCCUAAUGUCUUAGAUUAGUGGGGAUCCUUCUCUUUCAUGCAUCCUAAUGUCUUAAGAUUAGUGGGAUCCCUCUCUUUCAUCCAUCCUAAUGUGUUAAAGUAGUGGGAUCUUCAAGUUGAUAGGUCUGUCUUAAAUACCUCUGUGUAUGUAUCAGGUUUUCAGAGGCAGCUAUGGAUGAGUCUGUCAUUCCUCAGUAGCUGGCGUCUCACCGUUACAGUGAAAUGAGCCAAGAGACACACUGGACAGUGAUUUAAAGGCAUCGUGAAUCGGUCAUAUUGUUGAGCCUGCCUGUGACAUGGAUUCAUACCCUUCAAAUAUCAUUUUGUGACCAACUGCUUUGAAUUACUUGAAAUAUGAAUCAGGAAAUAGUUCCAUGACGUUUCAUACGGUGCAUAGAAGGCAGAUCUGGCAACUUCACAUACGGUGCAUAGAAGGCAGAUCUGGCAACUUCACAUACGGUGCAUAGAAGGCAGAUCUGGCAACUUCACAUACGGUGCAUAGAAGGCAGAUCUGGCAUCUUCACAUACGAUUUAUGUUACAUUUUGAACGUUUGUCUUGGUUUUUUUUUCAUGUUUUGUUUUUGAAUAAAGAUUUCAUGUUUUACA